AAUUAAAGAAAGGACAGGGGAAUCUGAGCAUAGAUAGAGUAGAUUCUUCUUGAAGAAACAACUCGUUUAGUGACUCACUCACUCACUCAGCUGGGAAAUGGGUUUGACUAGCAGGCCUCUAUGUCAAUCCUUUGCUGCUUUCCAGUCCUAGAAUGUGUGUACUGUCUCGGUUGUGUUCGUUGGGCGUGGAAGAAAUGCUUGUAUAAUGCUGGUCAUGAAAGUGAGAAUUGGGGCCUAGCUACUGCUGAGGAAUUUGAGCCUGUUCCUCGCCUUUGCCGGUUUAUUCUAGCUGUCUAUGAGGAUGAUCUUCGGAACCCAGUUUGGGCGCCACCUGGAGGUUAUGGAAUCAAUCCUGAUUUAGUAAUUUUGAAGAAGAAUUAUGAGGAAACUGGGGGAUGUUCUACUCCUUAUAUGAUUUACCUCGAUCAUGAUAAUUUUGAUAUAGUGUUGGCGAUUAGGGGGCUUAAUUUGGCGAAGGAAAGUGAUUAUGCAAUUUUUCUAGAUAAUAAACUUGGGCAGACUAAGUUUGAUGGUGGUUAUGUACAUAACGGGCUACUGAAAGCUGCAAAAUGGGUUUUCGAUACAGAAUGCGAGGUUUUGAGAGAUUUGGCUGAGAUGAAUCCGGAUUAUAAACUGACCUUUGUUGGACAUUCUUUAGGGGCAGGAGUGGUAGCAUUGAUGACAAUGUAUGCUAUUCAGAAUCAGGAUAGAUUGGGGAAUAUUGAGAGGAAGAGGAUCAGAUGCUUUGCCCUGGCUCCUGCUCGAUGCAUGUCGCUGAACUUGGCUGUGAGAUAUGCUGAUGUUAUUAAUUCUGUCGUGUUACAGGAUGAUUUCUUACCUCGGACCACCACGGCUUUGGAAGAUGUUUUCAAAUCACUUUUCUGUUUACCUUGUCUCCUAUGCCUAAUGUGCUUGAAGGAUACUUGCACUCUUGAAGAGAAGAUGCUUAGAGAUCCAAGAAGGCUUUAUGCACCUGGCCGCCUAUACCAUGUUGUUGAGAGAAAGCCCUUCAGGAUAGGAAGAUUUCCUCCUGUUGUAAGAACAGCAGUUCCUGUGGAUGGAAGAUUUGAGCACAUAGUUCUUUCUUGCAAUGCAACAUCGGACCAUGCCAUUCUCUGGAUCGAGAGGGAAUGCCAGAGGGCUUUCGAUUUGAUGCUGGAAGAAGAUCAUAUUACGGGAAUUCCGAGGAAGCAGCGGAUGGAGCGGCAAGAGUUGCUAGCACGAGAACAUAGUGAAGAGUAUGAGGCAGCCCUUCAAAGAGCUGUUGCUUUGGACAUUCCACAAGCCUACUCAUCAUCUUCCUCAUAUGGAACUUUUCAUGAAACACACGAGGGGGAAACCUCUAGCAGCCCGAGUGAAAGAAUUUCAUUGUUGUCAUUUAAAAAAUUAAAAGACAAUUGGGAUAAUUUUAUAGACCGUAUUUUUGAGGUGGAUGACUCUGGUCACAUGGUGUUUAAGAAAUCAACCUCAUAAACUGUAAAAACAUUCUUCCUGAGUUGUAAUUAUGCCUGCAAAUAUCAUUCUUUAAUAUGACAAAAAUUCAAAUUAAAAAUAAUAAUUUGAUUGGAAUAAUGUAAAAUUUAUGCUCUCAUUAAUAAUCAUCAAUUUCUCAA